AUGCAAAACCGACUCAUGCAACUACGCUCAAGCAACAGCGUAAACAUCCUACCCAACAGCUAUUAUCUCCCCUCGACUGCGAGCUAUCCAUGGCCGCAGCUGCUCAGAUCCUCUGCCCGGCCGCGGGACUGGUGCGAGCCGCAACGUCAGGUCUCUGAAACAAUUUAUUAUGCCCGCAUUACACAAAGUGCCGCCCCCUUAUUUAUUAUCUACGAGGAGCCGGCGCUGCCACCAGUGGAGGAUGGUCCUUUCGAGGCCUUCUGGAACCGCGUGCUGGAGUUUAUCACCAGGCUGGUAACAUACACCACCCGUUCGUUUGGGCCCACCUCUGGUACUAGGGGGAGGGUGCCCUUGAGGGAUCUGCGAUUGAAGGACAAUUAG